UAGAUAUUGCGGCAUACAAUUCGAUUACCAUUUAUCAUUAUUAUUAUCAUUACUAUUACUAUGAGUUUAAUAAACACAUACAUAAUCUAUCUUAUAUGUUUCAUUUUAUUAUUAAUUCAAAAGAAUAAUGCAUUUGAAUAUGGUUCUAAUAAAGAGUAUAUUGAUGAAGAAACAUUGAAUCGAUUCAUAAACGAUACUGAUGAUGACAAUGAUCUCUAUGAUCAUAAUCAUCAUCAUCAUCACCGUCAUCAUCCACGACAUCGUAGCCAUCCACGAGAUAUUCAUAAAAAUGUAGGACGAAAAACUCAAUUGAAAAUGUUUCCAUGGAGUAUACAUUUUAAUCGACCAAAAACACAAGAAAUUUAUGUAUUCAAUAUAGAACGUUAUAGUAAUUGGUCUGAAUGGAAAGAAUGUUUACCAAUGGAAUGUAUUGAAAUACGUUAUCGUAAAUGUUUAGAUAAUUCAUGGAAAACAAUAUCACCAAAUCUUAUUCAUACAACUAGAUGUAUAUCAAAAUAUUAUGCUGAAAAACGUACAUGUUUAAAUAAGACACAAUGUAAUGAACAUACUGGUGAACAAAUUAUAAAAAAUCUAACUAAUACAUGUGGAAUACGUAAACAAGAUAAUCACAUAGUAGAAAAAAUUCUUGGAGGGAAAUCAGCUGAACCACAUUCAUGGCCAUGGGCUGUUCGUUUAUCUGUAAAGUUACCACAACGUAGACCAGUUACAUUCUGUGGUGGAACAUUAAUUGCACCACAAUGGAUAUUAACUGCAGCUCAUUGUGUUCUAGUAGAAAAUAAACAUAUACCAGUUGGUAAACCGGUUAUGUUAGCUGAUCAUAUGAAAAGUACAAUCUAUGCACAUUUAGGUGAUCAUGAUCGAUAUAAACAAGAAGCUGCACAAGUUGAUCAUCGUGUUACUGUUGCUAUACUUCAUCCAAAUUAUCAUAGAAAAUUACAAACUGAUGGAUAUGAUAUUGCAUUGUUACGUCUUUCAGAACCAGUUAAAACAACACCAGAAAUUGAUUUUGCAUGUUUACCAACAAAAAAUUUAAAAUUAACAUCAAAUUCAAAAUGUUAUGCUGUUGGUUGGGGUAGUAAUAAAGGUGCAAAAAUACCAACAUUUGAUAAUAUACAUAGUAUAUUAGAAUCAUUAUUUUUACCAUUUCCAUCUUUAUUUACAACACCAUUUACAUUUGGUAGAAGAGAAUCAACAAUAUGGAAUAUAAAAAAAUUAGAAGAAGAAGAAUCAUCAAGAGAAUUAAAUGAAGUUGAAUUACCAAUUGUUUCUAUAGAUGAUUGUCGUAAACAUUAUGCUGAUAUUAGUUCUAAAGUUCAUGUAUGCGCUGGUGCUAGAAAUAAAGAUACAUGUGCAGGUGAUAGUGGUGGUGGUCUUUAUUGUUAUUUAGAAGAUACUAAUCGUUGGCAUGUUGUUGGUGUAACAAGUUUUGGUUUAGCACGUGGUUGUGGUUUAAAUCCUGGUGUUUAUACAUCAACAACAUCACAUAUGGAUUGGUUAUCAAAACAAUUAGCAACAAAAAUAUUUUAAAUGAAAUCAAAAAGAAAGAAAAAAAAGAGAGAGAAUAAAGAAAAAAAUCAAUGAGAAAAAAAGAAAAAAACAUUCUAUUGAUGAUAAUCAUAAUGAUCUUUAUCCAUUACUUACUUUAUUAAGAUUUCUUUGAAGAAAAAUCGAUAUGAACAUGAUCAUAUUGUUCCAUUGAAUAUUGAAUAUAUAUUUUUUAUUGAUUUUAUUAUUUAUGUAAAUUUAAAUAAAUCUUAUUAGAUAAAUUAGUAAUUAAAAUAGACCCCCCCCCAUUUUGUUUUAUCUAUUUGAUGCCUCUUUAUACCAGUGUUUAUAUGUUUAAAUAAAUGACAAAUAAAUAA